GCCCUCUGUCGAGACGACGAUUCGGUCUAACAAAGAGUACCCGGGGCUGCGAUAUACCAGUCAGUGUUUCUGUUCAAGUACAGCCUCACUGUUGACCUGAUUGAUAAUGAUGUUUGGGUGAAUUGUGACAAUGGUGGCAUGUUGAUCCAAGGCGCCGAAUGUUGAGAAGACGUUAAUAAGACUCUUGUAUAAAAGCUGGGAUUUCUUACACAGAUCGCAACAUCGCCUAAGUAUCUCGUCUCGACGUUGCCGAAGCUGAAUUUUCAAUGUCAAGGCUCGCACAAAAUCAUCCUCAGCAGAUGCCUCGAUCAUCGCUGGGGUUGGAGCAGCCGCAUCAUGAUACGAGGAUUCUUCUCAAUGCUUCGACUGCGGGGCAUUCGCCCAAAACGCAAACAUCCACGUUUGCACGAGCCUUUCCCCAGGAGCUCGUCGACUACAUCAUUGACUUCAGCCAUUCCGACGUGGAGAUGCUACGUUCAUGCGCAUGUGUCUGCCGCUCAUGGCGAGAAGAAAGCCAAUACCACCUGUUCUCCACCGUGACUAUCGAGAGCGUCGAGACGCUCAAGCGGUUUGCGCACCUCGUGGAGUCGGAGCCACACAUUUCCAGCAAGGUUCGGGAGCUCUGUUUUGAAGCAUACAAAAGCUUCCGCAGAGGCGUGCCACCGGCUUGGAUUUGCUGGAUAACGAACUUGCCCGUCACGAACCUGACACGCCUCAAGAGCUUGCGAUUCGAGAAUGUGGAGUGGCAUCGCAUCCACAUGUCCCGCCUUUUUUUCUUUCCUGGAUUGCAGAAAUACUCUAGGAUACGCGAAUUGCACCUGUCCGGCUGCACAUUCGCGGGCUUUGAAGAUUACGAGGACCUCGUGUUCUGCUUCCCCAAGCUCACGACAAUCGCUCUCGACGUCAUCUCCUGGCAAAGUAAUCCCAUCGGCACGCUGAAAUCGUUCAGUCCUAAACGAUCGUCUUUGCAGCUCUCAUCGCUUUCUCUCAAGAGACACUGCACCCCGAUGAUCUUGAUCGAGUGGAUCUUGAAGACGUCCAGUGUUUCCUCUCUCAAAUCCGUUGAGUUCUACUGGGUAUUGCCCGAUGAGCUCAAAUCUGUUGGGCAGUUCCUACAGCGCCUCAAUCGCUCUCUGGAACACCUCAGGAUCGGCUGUAGAUUCGAUCGCAAGUCCUCCAUGGCGCAAACGAUUGGAGAUUACCUUGACCUAUCGAAGGACACGAACCUGAAGUCACUUCAUCUCGCCAUUCUAGACCUAUCAGAACACAGUUUACCUUGGGUAUCCACGCUGCUAGCUCAAGUCAUAGAAGUGCCGUUAUCGCGGCUUAGCUUUGAUAUCACCAUGAAUAUCCCCAGCCAAGUGGCUGGUCCGCAAUGGGAUCACAUUGCGUGGAUCCUGUCUCGUACAGCAUGUAAAUCUCUCCGGGAGGUCAUCUUCGUGCACAGAGGUAUUCUCGACUUCAGGCAUGCUGAAGCCGCGCUGCAGAGGCAACUUCCGGAUCUUGUCAGGAGGCGCAUUUUACAGAUUCACGAUCGCUCAUUCCGCGAUGAGCUGGCUUAUUAG